GACGGGAUAUCAGGUGCCAACUUUUGAUCUCUCGAAGAGAUCAAUUAAAAUGCAAAACAAACACUGUAUAACCUAGGUGAACAUCGCUCAGUCAUCGGACUUUCUAUAUAUUGAACUGGCUACAUUCCAAGGUAGCUUUUUUUAGUUCAUCAUGUUGACCGAACUGACCCGUGUGGACCUGUCUUGCGACCAGGAAAUGAUGAUGACUAGUUAUGAAGAACUUGGAUCCUCCUCUUCAUCUCUAUCGUCUGAUUCAGCAUUUGCAGAACAACUUACGUCUCCCGUGGAAUCGUGUGAGGACCAGAUCUGCGAGGGAUGUCACGAACUUAUCCUGGACAGAUAUUUCCUGCACGUCAAUGGCGGCAGUUGGCACUCUAGUUGUCUUCGAUGUUGUGUCUGCUGUCUCCAGCUCGACCAAGAGGAAAGCUGCUUCGUCAAAGAUGACAACAUAUACUGUAGACAAGACUACAUUGGUGAAUUUGGAACCAAGUGCUCUAAGUGUUUCAGGAGGAUACAAUCGACAGACUGGGUUAGGCGAGCCCGUGAUAAUGUGUACCAUCUUGCCUGUUUUGCAUGCGAUACCUGUCAAAGACAACUUUCUACGGGGGAGGAAUUCGCCCUGAAUGGGGACCAAGUAUUGUGUCUUAGACAUUACACUUCUCUCAUCGAGGGAGGGACAGAAAAAGAUUCAGAACUGAGCAGCAAACCAAAGGCCAAACGGGUGCGGUCGUCCUUUACUGAAGAGCAGCUCCAGAUCCUUCAAGCCAACUUUCGCAUCGAGAGCAACCCCGACAGCCAGGAGUUGAACAGAAUUGCUCUUACGGCAGGAGUCAGUAGGCGCGUUGCACAAGUUUGGUUUCAGAACGCACGUGCCAGACAGAAGAAGCAACAGAUAUUCGGCAGCAACCAGAAUAGUCGCAGCAACUCAAAAAGUUAUUGCAAUGGACAGUGGUCAAGCGGAUCCGAGGGCCAACUUAGCGAUUCUACUUCAGAGUAAAUGACGUUCUCAUAUCAGAGUUAUCCCGCUUUGAAGCUAAGUCUCUUGCAGUUCCUGUGAUCAACUCGUGUGACUAUAAAGCACAAAUUGUGUUAUUUCUGUAGAUCUAUUUAUUAUGCCAUUAUGCCUUUGUUAUCUGUUGAUUAUUAAAUU